GCUAGAGCCAGAAGGGCUGGAUCAUGACGCUACGAAUGAAUCGGCUGCAGCCUGCAAUGACGUCAUUCAUCUUUCUCCUUUCAUCCUUACUGAUCUUUCAUCUGGUCUCCCGGACAAGCGCUUUCCUGCCCCCCUCUCCCUUGCGUCAGCAGCGGCAGCAGCAGCAGCACACAAGGCGGCGGCCGCCAGCUUCACCGCAAUCUCGUCUGCUCUCCCAUCGGCUGAGCACCGUUGAUGUGCCGCGGCACAGCGUCAAGAGGCCCCUUGACGAUGAUCUGCGAGAGGUGGAUGUUGUGGUGGUGGGCAGCGGGAUCGGCGGCCUCUCCUGCGCGGCGAUGCUGGCGAGAUACGGCGUCAAGGUGAGUGCACUGGUUGCAGAUGGGUACAGACAUGUUGGAUGGAUGGAUGUGGUUGCCGUCGCUGGCUGGCUCUCUGGCUGUCUGGCUGGGUGAUCAGGUGCUUGUGUUGGAGAGCCACGUUGAGGUGGGCGGGGCGGGCCACUCCUGGGAGAGAGAUGGCUUCGUGUUCGACAGCGGACCCUCACUGUACUCAGGCCUGACCAGUAAGUAGGCAGCCAGCAGACACCAGACACCAGACAGACAAAUGUCUGCGGUGUGCGUGAUAGAUGAAGAUGUGUGUGAUAUGUGUCUGGUGUGUGUAUGUGUGCCGUGCCAGUCGACCCCUCUCCCAACCCGCUGAAGUUCGUCUUUGAUGCCAUAGGGGAGUACCCAUCGUGGUAGGUACACCACCCCACACCACAGUCAGGCGUUUUGUGACCGAAGCCAACCGACCUUUACCGAACGAACAGCCAGGCUGCAUGCCAUGGAAAGCUACCUCUCUCUGGGCAGGUUAACCUAUGACACCUGGGGCGUGUCCAUUCCGGGCGGCAGCUUCGACGCCACGAUCGGCCCGGGGCCCUUCUGGGCCAUACUGGACAGAUUCGGGGGACCCAAUGCAAAGCAGGUCAGCGGAGUGGACAGAGGGAGGGAGGGAGGGAGGGAGGGCGUGUUGUGUGCUAUGUGUCCUGCGUGUUUGUGCAUUGUGUAGGAGUGGUCCCGGUUGAUGGAUUACAUGCAGCCCUUGGGCGAGGCCGCGAUGGCCGUGCCAUCACCCGCACUCAGGAGGUGCAAUCAUAUCACGUAGAUGAGACGGAACUACACGGACGAAUGCCGGUGCACAUCGUUGUGUGUGUGGUGAGGGGUUCAGUGACUUGGGCGCGCUCCUGACUCUGUCCCCGUUCUUUCGCGAGCUGCUUAAGACGAUACCCAAAGGCCCCAAACUACAGGUCAGGAAAAAGGAAACAGCCGUCUACCUUUUGCGCCUAUGCAUUCCACGCGUGUGUGUGUGUGUGUGUGUUUGCUGAGAGCAGGGUCCGUUUGGGAAGAUGCUGUCUGAGGCAGGCGUGACGGACCCCUUCAUACUCAACUGGCUCAACAUGCUCUCAUUCCUACUACAGGCACGUACACACACACACACACACAAACACGCAGCUACACGUACACAGAGGGAGAGAAAUGCCCUGUCCCAUUGUCCCCUGUGUGUCUAUGUGUUUCUGUACUUGCUCUCCCAGGGCAUGCCGGCCGACGGCACAGUGGGUGCCGUGAUGGCAUACAUGCUUGCAGACUGGUACCGACCCAAUGUCAAGCUCGAUUACCCAAAGGGAGGCUCGGGCGCCAUCGCAGAGGCACUUGUGCGGGGUAUACAGAAGCACGGCGGGCACGUGCUGGUCAACGCUCACGUGGAGGCCAUCACUUUGGAUGAGAGGGGCGGGGCGAAGGGAGUGCGGCUGAGGGGCGGGCAGACUGUGAGGGCCAGGAGGGCGGUGGUGAGCAACGCAAGCAUGUGGAACACGCUCAAGCUGCUCGGAGAGAAUGAGGGGCACGCCAACGUCAGGAAAUUCGCUGAGAGGGUGAGUGAGGAGAUGGAGAAAGAGAGAGAGGUGUGGUGCAGCUUAAGGUGGUUAUUGAUUGCUUUGGUUCCUUCUUUCUUGUGCAGGUGGGUGAGUAUGAGCAGGUGCCGAGCUUCAUGCACCUGCACGUCGGCUUUGAUGCAAAGGUAGGUGACUGACUGACGCACAUGACAUGCAGAGAAGAAAGAAAGAGGUCGCUUGACAGACGAUGCACAUGUCAUGUGUGCAGGGUUUGGACCCAAUCCAGUGCCACUAUGCGGUGUGCAACGACUGGAGCCAGCCCAUCGACGCUCCAGGAAAUGUCAUCAUCAUCUCAAUACCAUCCGGUACGUCCGUCAGACAGCGACGCCACACCCUGGACCACACCCACUGCACCUCUCUCUCUUUGUCAGUUCUCGACAGCAGAUUAGCUCCCGAUGGCCACCACGUGCUGCACGCCUACACCGCCGGCAAUGAGCCAUACGAGCUCUGGGCCGACCUCAAGCCAACCUCGCCAGAAUACCGCCAACUCAAAGAAGAAAGAGGCGACGUACGCGUGGGUGCAUAGCAAGCAGUAUCCAGGCAUCCCUUUGUCUGUUCCUGUCAAUGAAUCAGAUUCUGUGGCGAGCGGUCGAGAGGUUCAUUCCCGACAUCAAGCGGCGCGCGAAGGUUGCCAUGGUGGGGACACCCAAGACGCACGAGCGAUACCUCAGGAGAGACAGGGGCACAUACGGCCCGGUGCUCAGGUACCUGAGCGAAUGAGCAACCUAUCCACGUACCUCUGACAUAGAGGUGUAUGUGUGUGGGUGCAGGGCGGGUGAGCAGACUUUGCCCGGUGCAGGCACACCCAUCCCGCGUCUGCUGUGCUGUGGAGACUCGGUGUUUCCGGGCAUCGGGGUGCCGGCAGUGGCUGCGAGUGGGUGCAUCGCCGCACACAGCCUGGUGGGGGUGGGGCAGCACUACCAGAUGUUGCAGAGGGUCUUGAAGAGAGGCGAGAGGACGGCAGAAAUGGAUGUGACAGAGUACGAGCCUGCAGCAGCAGCCAAGGCAACAACCCCUGUCGGGGCAAAGUGAUCUGACGUGUGUGCGUGGGGUCUGAUGAGGCUUGUCUGCAGAUGAAGCGUAUGACAUAUGUAUUGGCUGGCAUUGGGGGGUUUUGUGUACACAGGAGACCAUUGGUUGUACGGCCAUGUAUGGGUCGGGUCGCAUGAAUGUGUUGAUAACAUAGCAAUGCAAUGCAAUCGCGAGCGAGCGAGCGAGCAGCGGUCCAGAGAGAGAGAGAGCAACAGACAGACAAAUAUGUAUAUUUGACAUGCAGGACGACGCAC